AUGUUUAGUUCAGAUGUCUGCGUUUACCACAUCGACGACGUUACCGGUGCCUUGGUUCAGACGUAUCGGGUGCGUGUGAAUCUGUUGGAGCUGCCUGAGGCGAUACAGCAGGCGAGGCCCGUGCAGUACGUCGAGUGGUCGCCAUGUGAAUCGGCGCUGGUCAUCGCAUGGAAGGGCGGCGGUUUCGGGUGCUGGAGCGUGUUCGGCUCGAAGCUGUGGUUCCGAUUUGGCACAGACGGGGCGGUCAGCAGUAGCAGUGGUGACAACAUUGAGGAUCGGCUGAAAACUUACGUGCGCAACUUCGACUGGGGCCCGGAGGGCUACGAUCUGUGGUUGUGUUGCGACACAUUGCGCGUGCUCGAGUUGCUGCACGUCUGUAGCACUGACAAGGUGUUGCAGGCCGACGUGGAACGAGUAGCAUUGGUUGCUUCUGACCGCGUAUACGUCAGUCUGGUGAAGUCGUUCGAAAACCAACAGCAGUCAGCGAUGUCUCAUUCGUACUGGCAGCAGGUACAGGUGCCUCACGAGUAUAUAGGCAUCUACUGGCCGAUCAGAUUCGCCCACUACAAUUCGUCUCGGCAGUCAUUAUGCGUUGCCGGAAGCAGGGGCCUCACAUGUUACAAUUUUGCUCAGAACAAAUGGCGACUGUUCGGCAAUGAAUCACAUAUCCGCAUGUACUCACAGCAGCAUAGCUUGGGCAACAGCUUUUGUACCCGUGUCCACGUCGACGUGCCGAUUCUUUUGCUGAACAUCUGCUGCGACAUCCUGAUUACCUUUGAUCUUGACGCCAACUUGCUGUACGAACUGAACAUAUCUGAUCAGCGUUUUGCUUUACUUUACUGUAUAUGUGGCGAAAGUCGUGUGUCGUUCAUUUAUGGUGCGAUGCCCGCUGUUACGCUAUGCACUCAGGUGUCAUUGAGGGAGCAUAUUUUACAUCCAUUUUGUGUAGUGGCCGUUUUUCCUCUUUCGAGAGUGACGGAAUGCGGCAACCCGCCGUCGUUCAUUUCCAAGUGGAUCAUGUUGCCUUUCGAGAUCUCCAUAUAUCCGUUAUGUGUUUCCGGUAGCGAAUGCUUCGUUUCCGGUAUCGAGUCUGACUUCGGCCGUGAAGAAACGAACUACUGCAUUGAUCUGCAGAGUCAAGUGUUCCUGCAUCACAUCCUUAAACAGCUCAUAAAGCGGAACCUUGGAAACUACGCGCUGGAAAUUGCCCAUUCGUACGGUAAUCUGCAGUACUUUCCUCAUCUGUUGGAACUUUUACUUCACACCGUUUUGGAAGAAGAGGCGGCAUCGUCAGGCCCUAUACCAGAUCCACUAUUGCCAAGCAUCAUCGACUUCCUUAAAGAGUUCAAAGAAUUUUUGCGAACCGUCGCUCACUGCGCCAGAAAGACGGAAAUGGCUUUGUGGAAACACCUUUUCCAAAUUGUCGGUAGCCCGAAGGACCUUUACAAUAUCUGUCUGGAAAACAAAGAAUUGGACACUGCUACGUCGUACUUCAUCAUAUUGCAAAGUACAGAAUCCGCUGCUGAUACAAAGGAGGAGAAAUUUAUUCGUUGUUUCUCUCGACUGUUGUUGGUUGUUCCAGACCCAUUCGAUUUGAACUCGCCACCCGAAACACCUUUGGUAUUGUUGAAACAACCUCCAAAUCCCCGUCUGCCUGUUCUAUCGCCAUCAUCCGUUGACGAAUCUGGAUCCUUCGUUUUCAAGACUUUUCCACGGCAGCGCUACUCGUCAUUGAGUGGUAGUGCCGCAACUGAAGAUCAUCAUCGCCGUGUCUCUGCCACUGAUAAAGGCAAAACCGUUACGGCUGUUAAAAAGCCGUCGAAUAAAACCAAGGACGACUUCAGGAAAAGUGGUCUCGUCACGAAGUCUUCCGAUGAAAACUGUUCGCCUUCGGGAGACAGAAAUCUGGUUUCACCCGUUGACUACUUAACUGAACUGAUUUUGGAUCACGUGCGGUUUUUGCUGUCCAACUUUAUGGUCUAUGAUCUGUUCAACAUGGCCGCCCAUUUGGAUUUGGACGUGAGCGUUUGGCUGAAUAAGGAAAGGAACAAUUCGGCACGAGUUUCGAAUUUUCCAGCGGCUCUUCGGCAGAUGCACUUAGAUUUUCAUUGGCCAUAUCCGGUCAGCACCUCAUCGGUGAUCGAACACGUUAAUCACAAGAUCGGUAAAUGCGAUAACAACGGUGGCAACGGCAAAGAUAACUAUGUCAGUACACAUCCGUCGAUCGAUUCUGGUAUCCGAAGCCUCAACAUUGCGAGCGAUUCCGAAUCGACACCGGAAGUUAACGGAUUUGGAACAGCGUAUCGCACCACUGGUGACGGUGCAUUGCCUAGAGCCGACACGCUGCAGCCUCCCCUCUGUAGCAACGAUAGCACUUGUGGAAAAUGUGGCGACCUUGUUGCUUUGGCGACAUCGUCGUUGAGCAUCAACGAUUGCACGGAAACUAACACCGAAGACAGCUGGUCUGUGGACCCAGAUUUGUGCAGUCAGGUUGACCAGGACCUGGAAAGUUUAGAGUAUUUUUGUGGCAAUGUAGCACGCGGCUCAAGCGACUCCGAGGCGAAGCUGUGUCACAUCAGACAGAUAAUGCUGGAUUCGCUUUGUCUCGACUGGGUGUUGCUCACUUGUCUGGUCUUGAAAGACUUUGCUAGUCUGACGAAAGCACUGAAUCUUCGGACGCUCACAGCUGUGGAAGCCAACGCUUUUUCCGGGUUAAAAAGCGGCGUUCUCCAGCUUGAAUCAUGGUCUGAAGCCUUCUGGUAA